AUGACUGGAAAUAUCAAUACAGUAAUAGCAGACAUAGCUAGUCCUAUUGGAUCUAUCUCGGAGACUGCUACCGACGCUGCCGGCAGAAAUUUCUUGAAGAAUUAUAUGGAACAUGUGGCUCCAUCCGAAUGGCUUUCUUUGAAUGCGGCUACUAUUAUGUUGUCGAUUUUGGCUCCGUUGAUGCUGACUUUGGCAUGCAAUGAAACUGCUAGGUCAAUUGUACUGUUCUGCUGGGCCUGUUUCAUCAAGCCAUUCCAUGCCAAAUCGUCUCACAGUGCUGAUAAUCAGCAAAAGAAUUUGGAGCUUUUCUACAAGACACAGGCCAAGAUCUAUGAUAAAACCCGCGAAGUUUUGCUUCAGGGCCGAUUUGAAGCCCUGCAACUAGCAUAUUCCCAUCUGCCAAAGAACAAGAAGGGCUUGAUAUGGAUCGAUAUUGGUGGAGGUACUGGUUUGAACAUCGAAAAGAUGUCACAAAUUUGCUCUUUGAAGGAUACCUUCCAAGCUAUUUACUUGGUCGAUCUGUCACCAUCACUAUGUGAAGUUGCACGCGAAAGGGCAGACCGCUUGAAAUGGACUAAUGUGCAUAUUAUGUGUGCUGACGCUUGCGAUUUCGAGAUUCCUCAACAUGAGUGCGCUGACUUGAUCACUUUUUCUUACUCUUUAUCCAUGAUGCCUCCUUACUACGCCGUGAUCGACCAUGCUUAUGAGCUAUUGAAUGAAAAUUACGGUAUUGUCUGUUCGGUCGAUUUCGGCGUCCAAUCUUCUGCUCAUGUCACAGGAAGGGUCAACAAUAUCGGUGGCCUGAUGAAUUACCACAUUCCAUGGUUUUACAGAACCUUCUGGAGAAUUUGGUUUGAGUGUGACAAGGUGUUUUUAGACCCUUCUCGGAGAGAAUACUUGGAAUAUAGAUUUGGAACACUGAAAUCUAUCAACAUGCGUAAUAAAACAUUGGGUAACAUUCCCUAUUAUAUUUGGCUGGGGGUUAAUAAGGAUGAAGAUCAUAUGUUGAGCCACAGGUUUAAAGUGCUAGCGGCAAGGUCACCUUACUUGGCACCGGUCGAACAGGGAACGCCUUUGAAAGGCAGUCAAUGCCCUACUAGUAAAGAGUUAGAAGUAGCUGCUUCCAACACGAAAAAAGGAUUGCCAUUUCCAUCAUUGUUCUAUCAGAGAGAGAUCUGGAGGGCCUAUUACGACGAGUUAAGCCCACAUUAUGACCAGUUUAAGAACCAGUAUAUCUAUGCGUUCACCUGGGAAGACCCACGAGAGGACGCAAAGAUUUUGAACCUGACUGCUGAUGAUACUGUCUUGGCGAUCACUAGCGCAUGCGACAAUAUCUUGGCUUAUGCAGCUCUGCCAAACCCACCAAAAAGAAUUCACGGCGUGGACUUGAAUCCAUUCCAGGGCCAUUUGGCUGAGUUGAAGUUGGCUGCCUCCCGCUGUCUCACUUAUGAAGAAAUAUGGUCACUGUUUGGAGAAGGUAGAAUCGCCAAUUUCAAAAAGCUGCUACUCUGCAAGCUGGCACCGCAUCUGUCAUCCAACGCUUUCCAAUACUGGAUGAGCGAGGGAGCCAGAGCUUUCGACAUCAGCGGCCACGGCUUUUACGACACAGGAUCGACCAGAUGGGCCCUAAGACUAGCCAGAUAUAUCUUCAAAACCAUGGGAUUGAGCGGCAAAGUGACCGAGCUCUGCAAAGCAAGAACCAUUCGCGAGCAACAGCUAAUUUGGAACAAAUACAUCAGACCGGCUCUAUUCAACCCGAUUGUAGGAAAGCUGCUGGUCGGCAACCCAAUCUUUCUAUGGAAGGCACUCGGCGUUCCCACGAAUCAAGCCGAAAUGAUGGGUAGCUCAACACUACAAUAUAUCAUCGAUACCAUGGAUCCUUUGAUUAGCAGGUCUCUGAUCUCAACAGAUAACUAUUUCUACUACUUGACAUUGAACGGCAGGUACUCCAAAGACAAUUGCCCAGUCUAUUUAAAGGAAAAGGUUCAUGAAAUAUUCGCUAGCGAGUCCAAUUCACCUCUGGACAGAAUCAGACUCCACACAGACACCUUGAACAAUGUGUUGAGCAGAUUAGCUCAAAAGUCUCUCACUGUUGCCGUCAUCAUGGACCACAUGGACUGGUUUGAUCCCAACGGCAACGAUGCCAACCAUGAAAUCACGGCCCUGUACAACGCUUUGCAGUUUGGCGGCAGGGUUUUAUUAAGAUCCGCUGCUACUCACCCUUGGUACAUUAAAUCCUUCGAGGACAUGGGAUUCGUCUGCGAACCUGCUGCAAUCAGGCGCUCCGGGGAGAGUAUCGAUAGGGUGAACAUGUAUGCUUCGACGUGGAUCUGUACUAAAACCAUUGAGCUGGAUGCCAGGCGCAGAAUGAGCUCAUUGGACUUGACUCAUUAG